UUGCCUCUCCACUUCAUCCACUCGCCUCUUAUCCUAUGAUUCAUAUUCUCUUUAAUUUCUCAACUCUUAUGAAUUAUUGCUCAAAGAUAUUGAAAGCUCUUGCUCUUCUCAACCAUCAAGUCUUGCAACCCUUAUCGACUCUACUUUUAAUUAUAGGCGAUGUCUGGCAUGUAUUCCUGAAAGGAGACUUCAAACACAUGCUUUAUGGCUACAAAUUUGAUGGAAAAUUCUCCCCAGACGAAGGGCUUUACUAUGAUUCUUCUCGGAUUCUAUUGGAUCCUUAUGCAAAAGCAGUUAUAAGCAGAGGUGAGUUUGGUGCUUUAGGAGCUGAUGGUAAUUGCUGGCCCCAAAUGGCCUGCAUGGAACCUUCUUUUGAUGAUGAGGUAUUGCAAAAGUUGCUCAAGGAUGAUGCCAUAUCCAAAGCAAGGAUUAAUACUGAGGACCGUCGUGAUUACAUGGAUGAUUACCAUGUAAGCUUCAUUCUUUUCUCUACUUAUUUUUAUUGCCAAAUAGAGGUGAAGUAUCUAAUUGCUGAAAAACUUUGUUGCUUUAAGAAAUUGCAAGCUUGUUAA